AUAGAAUAGAAUCCACUUUUACACCUAUGGACACAUAAAUGUACAAAUAUGUUGCUAUAGAUAGUUUUAUCAAGGAGAGAGAAGAAUUUUCAUAUUUGGAAGACCUAGGAGCCUGGAUAUAUAGAAUUCUUUUGUAUCGGUUCUGAUUGUUUGGAAAAUGGGAGCUGCUACAAAGUUGGUGUUUGCUGUUUUUCUUAUCUCUUGUUCUUCAGGUGCCAUACUAGGCAGAUCAGAGACACAGGAGUGCAUUUUCUACAAUGGUAGCUGGGAGAAGGACAAAACGAAUCGGAGCGGCAUUGAACCUUGCUAUGGCGAUAAAGAUAAAAGACGACACUGCUUUGCGACAUGGAAGAAUAUUUCUGGAUCCAUUGAAAUUGUGAAGCAGGGCUGCUGGCUGGAUGAUAUUAACUGUUAUGACAGAACUGACUGCAUAGAAAAAAAAGACAGCCCUGAAGUAUUUUUCUGCUGCUGUGAAGGCAACAUGUGCAAUGAACGGUUUUUCUACUUUCCAGAGAUGGAGGUUACGCAACCUACUUCCAAUCCUGUCACGUCUAAGCCAGCCCUGUUCAGUACCUUGCUGUAUUCUCUGGUGCCUAUAAUGGGAAUAGCAGUAAUCGUACUGUUUUCAUUUUGGAUGUACCGACAUCACAAAUUAGCAUAUCCUCCAGUACUUGUACCAACCCAACACGCCUUUCACAUAAUGAUAGAGGACCCUGGACCUCCACCACCAUCGCCACUGAUGGGCCUGAAGCCACUGCAGUUACUAGAAGUCAAAGCUAGGGGAAGAUUUGGCUGUGUUUGGAAAGCUCAGCUGCUAAACGAACAUGUAGCUGUGAAAAUAUUUCCAAUCCAGGACAAACAGUCAUGGCAAAAUGAAUAUGAAAUCUACAGCUUGCCUGGAAUGAAACAUGAAAAUAUACUGCAGUUCAUCGGCGCUGAGAAACGAGGCACCAACAUUGAUGUAGAUUUGUGGCUGAUUACAGCAUUUCAUGAAAAGGGUUCGCUUACAGACUUCCUCAAGGCUAAUGUAGUCACAUGGAAUGAACUAUGUCACAUUGCUGAAACUAUGGCUAGAGGUUUGGCGUACCUUCAUGAAGACAUCCCUGGUCUAAAAGAUGGGCAUAAACCAGCAAUUUCACAUAGGGAUAUCAAGAGCAAGAAUGUAUUGCUGAAAAACAACCUUACAGCUUGCAUUGCUGACUUCGGCCUCGCUUUGAAGUUUGAAGCUGGGAAGUCAGCAGGUGACACACAUGGUCAGGUUGGCACCCGAAGGUAUAUGGCUCCAGAAGUGUUAGAAGGUGCUAUCAACUUCCAAAGGGACGCGUUUUUGAGAAUAGACAUGUAUGCCAUGGGACUGGUACUGUGGGAGCUAUCUUCACGAUGUACUGCGGCAGAUGGACCUGUGGAUGAGUAUAUGCUACCUUUUGAAGAAGAGGUGGGCCAGCAUCCCUCUCUUGAAGAUAUGCAGGAAGUUGUCGUACAUAAAAAGAAGAGGCCUGUUUUGAGAGAGUGUUGGCAGAAGCACGCAGGAAUGACAAUGCUUUGUGAAACUAUAGAAGAGUGUUGGGAUCAUGAUGCAGAAGCCCGAUUAUCAGCUGGUUGUGUAGAGGAGCGGAUUAUUCAGAUGCAAAGACUAACAAACAUUAUAACAACAGAGGACAUUGUGACUGUGGUCACUAUGGUGACAAACGUGGACUUUCCUCCCAAAGAAUCCAGUCUAUGAUAGUUACACCGGUCACACAUCAUGACCAAUGAGACUCUCUGAACUGGAGCUGCUAAGCUAACGGGCCUGUUUCCGGUCAAUAUAACUUUCUGCGUGAAAUUUGGAAUGGUAAGUCUGUCUUCGAAGUGUCACUAGGAAGACGCUUUCUUGUCCUACUCCAGAAAUGGAUCCAGGAGACUUACUGCAUUCCCUGCAUAUGAAGGACACAAGACUAAGAAGUGGCAGAAUGAUGUUAAUGAACAUUUGAAGAACACGGACCUAUCCUGGCUAGUCAAGCAUUUUAAAAGCUGACAUUGUAUUUCUUAAUACGUCAGAAAAGACUUAAUUCCUUAAAAUGAACUACUGCUAUUUUUUUUAAAUCAAACAUUUCAUUUCAGAUUUAAGAAAAAAGGGUAACUUGUUUUUAACGCAUUUGCUGUUGUGUUUAUAUAAUGACUAUUGUAAUGCCAAUAUGACACAGCUUGUGAAUGUUUAGUGUGCUGCUGUUGUAUGUAAUCAAAGUGGAAUCUAGCAAAAAGGCUUCCAAGCAUUACUUAACCUCCCUCAACAAGGUAUACCUCAGUUUCACCUGCGGCUAAAUUGCGAAAUUGACAACACUAACACAAUAAAUCGAUCCUCAUUUUGUAAAUGAUGUAUUACAGAUUCA